CAAAAGCUUUGCCUAGGUUUAGUAUCCGUACGUCGCCCUUCUUGUCCGCCACUGGUGCCCUCGGAUUCUCGUGCACUUAUUAACUAAGUAAAUUUACUGAGAUGGUGGUAAAUGCACGAGAAAGAAACAUGGGUUGCUAGCUUCCUCAAGCGAAAUAUUGGUGAGUCGUCGCAAAGGUGGUAUGGUGGAAACACGACGAACGUGAUCAUCAAUCGCAAUUUCCAAUCCACCACAUUCGCGCCUUCGAUUCUGCCAAUACUUCAUCCCUUUUCAAAUGUCAACAGCAGGCACGAUUCGGGGAAAGCGUGCUAGCCUGAGGCUGAGAUAUCGAUAUCAAACGACAACUCGGCUGGCCCAUGCUCAGAGCUGAUUCGGGAAAGCCGUCGGCCACGACGAUGAAUUUUGCCAAUCAGCCCUGAAUGAACGGUAAAUGUAUUGAUUAAUAUAAUUGCCGUGGAAAAGACUGAGGCAUUCUGAUAACGCUUGCUAUUUAGGAUUACUUUGGAAAUCUCGCGCCUGCUGACUGGGAUACCUGGCCGAAUAAAGAGAGCUC